UCAGUGAUGGCAACAAUGUAUCCGCGGCUGGGUUCUCGAGGACUAGUUGGGUCAGGAUGUGAGUCGUGACUGACGCUCAGUUCACUCAGCAGAACUUCUGGGAUUCAGGUCACUCUCAACUCUCUGAAAUGAAGCUGGAAAGAAAGAAACACUACUCUUCUGGUGACUUGCUAUGAGACAGCUUGCGUCGCUUGGAAGAAAAGUUGUAUUUAUCAGAGAUGUCCACCACGGUGUCCCCAAAAGUCCCCUCCGCCAGCUCCUCAGCGGACCAGCGGACAGUCGUCGUGGGUGCGUUUUGUUGUCUGGUGUUUUUCUUCAUGAUUGUGGUGCUGCUGUUGAUCCUGUACCGGAAGGUUCCUCUCUGCUGCAAAAUGAGGGUUUAUCAGGAAUCUCGUACUGACGUGGAAUCUCCUCCUCAGUACUACAACAGCAGACAGACUCUAGUAGCUUCAUCUGAUGCGGAGCAAACACAUGACACCGGUCUUGAUAAUGUGAAUGCACGGUCGGGCUCGUUGUUCCUCAUUGGUGUGCCGAGCAGCUACUACCUUUCCUCACUGGAGCCUCCUCUUCCUCGUCUGCCCUCGUAUGAGAGCGUCCGCAAGAAAGACCGACAGCGGCAGAUCCACAUGAUGAUAGCCGACCGCUUCGGCCUGAACGGAUCUGUCGAGACUGAGCCGCCUCCCACAUAUGAGGAGAGCAUUCGUGAGUCCGUCCAGUCCAUUGACGUCCCGUUUGACAUCCUGGCACCCGAGGAGGUGCCGCCACACGCACCGGUCACAGUCUCUGAGGCCGACGUGGAUUUACCUGCAUAUGAAGAUCUACCUCAAAUCACAGACUCACAAGAUCCCAAUAACACUGUUAAUUAAAGCACAAGAACGCAAUCCUUCCUCAGCAGGAAAUCAGCAGCUGUUGAGCUGUGACUACCCUGACAGCUGAUUGCUCACCCUGACGAGCAGCCGACGUGUGCGUGAAUCCGCUGUGCUUGCAAAAGACACCAAAAUAGGGAAGGACUUGACCUAUGCAAUAACUUGCACAAGCACAAUACGAGAGGAGGAGGAUGUUGCAUCACUACUCAAAAAAGGGAAGAGAAGAACAAGAAUAUGCAAGAGUUUUAGUUCUGUCUCUGUUCAAAAUGACAUGAAACUGCUACUACGUAUGUAGAAUUAUGCUGACUGUAGAUAUUUCCAUGACUUUUCCAAGCCUAAAAAAUGUAAACAUUACAUCACAUUCCAUGAUAUUAUUACAUUUAUACAUAAGUGGGGAAUGUUGAUUUCAUUUUGAUUAUAAAAACCGAUGUAAGCUAUGAAAACAAAUGUUUUUUUGUUUUUUUUGGGAAUAACAUCCAUUUAUGAAUGGUUCAAAAUAAUACUAGUGACAUUUAUUAACCAUAAAUAAAGUCUAUUUGGAUUCCAUGUUUAAUUUUUCACAGAGAUGGCAGGUUCAUCUAAAACCAAAGUAGCAGCUGGUGCACUGUACUGACCUAAAGCACCAAAAAAUGGAAAUUUGAAGCCAUGUUUUGGACAUUACAGGGAAAUUUUAUCACUAUUUUAGGCAGAGAGAAUGGAAAUUAGUUUUAAUUCAAUUCUGUUUUUAACCAAACUGGUCAUUUUUUCAGUGUGCAUGUUCCUCGUCAGACCAAAUGACACUUUGCUGAAAUUCUAUUUGUUGAAUCUCUCUUUUUUUAAAAUAACCAUUUAUGAAUGUGCUCAAUUUUAUCACUGUGAAUAAAGAUCUUAAAUGUACAGUUUGCAAAAGUAA